CAACUUGUCAAGAUGGAAGAAGAGUCGACUUUGCGCCACCGAAAGCCUCACCACGAGGAGCCCAAGCCUGAGCAAGACCAGGAGGAGACGUCCGAGUCUGAGUCUGAGAACGAGGAGGGCAAGACCAGAUCUUCCAAAGAGAUUGAUGAGGAAGACCCUUGGGAUGGCUACACUCCCUACGUCGACGUCCUCCGCGUCAUAACCUUCUUGCUGCUCGCAUCAUGCGGCCUCAGCUACGUCAUCAGCGGAGGCAAGAGCUGGUUCUGGGGCAUGAAGAACAAGCCCGACUACUUGACUGUCAAGUAUUACAAGGAGCUUAUCACCGGACCACCGCCGCCCAUUUACCUGACCCUUGACGAACUCAAGCUCUACGACGGAACCGACCCCGAUAGACCCCUCCUCCUCGCCAUCAACGGCACCAUCUACGACGUCUCCAACGGCCGCCGCAUGUACGGACCCGGCGGUUCAUACCACUACUUUGCCGCCACCGACGCUGCUCGCGGUUUCGUCACGGGCUGCUUCGCCGAGGACCGCACCGCCGACCUACGCGGCAUGGAGGAGGCCUUCCUACCCCUCGAUGACCCUGAGACGGACGCCCACUGGACCCCUGAGGAGCUCGCCGCCCUCAAGGAAAAGGAGCUGGCCGAGGCCAAGGAACACGCCCACAAGGCCCUGCUCCACUGGGUCAACUUCUUUGCCAAUAGCAAGAAGUACUCCAAGUACGGCUACGUCCGCAGAGAGGACGACUGGCUCGAGAAGGAAGAGCCCAAGGUUCUAUGCGACCAGGUGCAGGCCACCAGGAAGAAGAGAAAGAUUCCCGGCAAGGAGGAGGAUUAG